GGCAUUGGACUGGAGCUGCUCACCAACCAGCAUGUACAGACCGAUGUGCCGUUGUUACUCUGACAACGAUGUCGCCUUAUCCUCGAUGCUCUCGAGCAGCUUCUGACCGAGGCUGUGAACCGUGCAGCUUUGCUUUUUGGUCGAGCAUAUGAUCAGUAGUCCAUAUAGCGAGGGUCUAAAGCGACGUGCUUUGUCCGGCACGCGGACCAAUCGCCAUCAGCCAUCAUGCCCUUCCCCAAGACCGGAGGCUGUUUUUUCUCUCGUCGAGGCUAGCCGGCAUGUGUUUGCGAGCGCCGUAAUUUAGACGCUUUCCGAAGUGUCCGCCUCCUUCCACGACAUUUCCCCGCCAGAUCUUUUCGCUCUCCAUCGUGCCCUUCGCUGUGGACAACGCCUCUCAUCUGACAAUCCUCACGUUCCCUUACGCUUCUAAGCAGCAGCAGAAACACCACGACUUUUCGCUGUUCCAACUUACGUCGUUAGUUCAUCUCGUGGGAUAUUACAUUAAGCCGUGCACAUUAGUUAUAUAAGGCACAUGCCUCGCGCGGAACCGGUCGCAUCAGGAUUUGACUUCUCAAAUCUCCCCACGGUUUCCCCAGGACCAACAGUUGCAAAGGAUGGGGUUAAGAAUAAACGCAAACAGACAUUGUUGAGCUUGCUGGACGCGCUGCACGAGUUGAGCAAGGAUAGUGACCUUGCUAUCACGGGGAACAAUCAACAACCUAGCUUCGAAGACGACAGAGAUGUCCCUACCGUCGACGAGCACCUGCAGAAAGUUGGUGCUGAAGCUUUCAACAAAUUCGAGAGACGCAUCAUCAGUCUCGAUAAAGAGCUCAGAAACUUCGCCAAUGCAGCUCGACAGCUAGGCAGCUCCGUCGGCAUUCUCUCGUCCUCGUUUCACUUACGGGAGCGGCUCGCUCAGAUCCUCUUUCUCUUCCGCGAGAAUGCUGCAGAUCUGUUUCCGAGGAAGGUUCAAAGGCAGCCGCACGAGAACGUCAUGAACCCUAAUAUCCGACCGCGUCGAAAGGCGAAGAGCGUUCAUACCACGAGCCCUACAAUUCUUGACGAUAUCGACGCCGAGGAUUUUCCGGAUCAGCUGCAGGGACUAGCGGAAGAUGUCAUCACUUUCCUAGACUGUCUGAACGAAUUUCCAGAGUUCACAGACGAAGGUGUAAAUUCGUCGAUUAUAUCUUUAGAGGGAGAUUUAAAGUACUGGGCUUCUUGUCUGAGGGCCUAUGAAGGUCAAUUCAAAUAUCCCGCGGUACAACGCUACCUGCACGACCUCACGUCGGAAAUGGGCGAGCAUCUAGAUAGCAUUACCUCCUCAUUAUACAUUUUCAUUGAGAUCGGUGUACCAACCAUUCGCUUCGCGCAGAAGCAUGCUGCGGCAAACCUGCUCAAUUUAUCCACCGUAGCGACAUUCUUCAGCGCCGUCACCGCGACAACGAUGCAGUUCUCGUUUGACAUGACCGACGGUCCUUUGCAGAACAGCGUAAAUGGCUUCUGGUUCACGUCGCUGGUAUUCAGCAUUGGAGCUGCAGUCAAUAGCCUUUUGGGUUUGACCUGGAAGCAGGCUAUGUACCGAUCGCCAGGCCACCGCGUUCCGUGGUGGGUCCUCAUCUGGAUCAAGAGAUCACCCCUCGUGUUUUUGGUACUGUCUGUCGCAUGUUUCUCUAUGGGUCUCGUCCUGUUCGCCUAUUCGUCAGGACAACACCGGGUCACGUCGACAGUUACUACCGUCUUUUCAGCUUGCAGCUGUUUUGGCCUUGUGGCCGUAUCGUGCUGGUUCGCCUCGGAGCGGAUCAUCUAUACGCGACAUAAGGGCGAGAAGUGGCUUGCAGACGUGCUAUCUGAGACCAAAGUCCAGAUGCAUAGGCUUCCCGGCGUCGCUUGGGUCCUUACCGAACCGCAAAAUGCAGCGCGGAAGGUCGCAUUCUGGAGUCGCAGGCGCUAUCACGAUGCAUCUGACUACGUGAGCGGGUUCGUGAACUUGCUCUCGGGUUGGAUCAACCGGCUCAGGCGCCGGACGAACGACCUCGAGUCCGCAGACGACAGCGAACACAAGUCACCCAUUUCGCGCCACUCCAUGAGCCCAGAGCCUAUGUCUCCCAGACCCCACCGUCCAUCUGACGCGACUGCAACGGUGCUUACUCCUAUCUCGGAACGCGCACCCUCCACUGUUGACGGCCUCGACGACCCUACAGUAGUAAACGACAAUGGCGCGACGCCGCUUAACAGUCCCGCCUCAGCGAGCCCCGCGCGCAGACGGUUCACAGACGUUGUGCGUUCAGUGAUGAUGCUGCGCAGUGCGUCAAACAUGACGGCGACGGCGACGGCGAGUCGGAAGCGGACGCUAUCGAAGGAGAACGGCAAGCACGGCAAGCCCGCAGAACCGCCGGGCGUGCUCAAGAAGUCGCGCGUCGCGCGCCUAAUACCCCGCCUGAAGCAGAUGGAGGCGUGGCUCGACUUCAGCCCACACCAAGCGCUUGUGCGCCACCUCCAGUUUUCGCCCAGUGGGCGGUACCUCGCAACUUCGAGUUGGGAUCGCACGUCGGUCAUCUUUAAGAUUGGAGAGGAUAUCGCUGUACCGGAUGUCGUUGCGCCGCACAGAACUCUGGCGCAUCCUCAGGGCUUCGUCGGCCAGGUCGCGUGGUCGCCGAAUGGACAACAGCUACUCACGAAGAUGAACCGGGGGAUCAAGGUCUGGACUGAGGACGGCGUGUGCAAGAGGACGAUCGAUCGCAGGCAGAAUGUACAGUCCAUCGCUUGGCUGCCAAGCGGAGACGCCUUCUUAUCAGUCGAGGGUGGGUACGUCACGAAACUGGAUACGAAUGGCAAUAUUUUGGAUCAAUACCAUCUGGAGCGCAUGAUUUUGCAUGACGUUGCCGUUACUAUGAACACUCAGCGAAUGUUGUGCGUUGGAACAUUGACUGCUUCGUCUGAUGGCUUGCAGCCCAAGAAGAGCCGAGCCGAGAAGCAGAUCAUCGUAUACAACCUGGAGAAGAACGAGAUCGAGAACCGUGUCCCUGUCCUCCAUGAGGUCCGCGAUAUAACGAUGGCUCGCGUGGGUGACGUAGCGUUGGUCAGCUAUGAGAAUAAGGCACCCCCACAGCUCUGGAAACUCGAUUACAUCAAAGAUGCUGCUCGUCUGUCACUUCGACAUACGUACAUGCCUAAGGUUACCGUCGAUUUUGCGGGUCCUAGCUACUUCGGAGGCAAGGAUGAUGAGCUGGUACUGUGCGCUGGAAAAGCGGGCGAUAUUCACAUCUGGGACCGAGAAUCUGCGACCCUACUGCAUCAUAUCCGUCCACAGGCGCUCGGCGGGGGCGACCUGACCUGCAUCGCUUGGAACCCCUCGGCAGACCCAUUCAUGUUCGCGACAGGCACGCACGAUGGCGGAGUGCACCUUUGGACAAUACCGCCUGAAGGCCGCGACGGCCUACGCAUGCUCGAUGAUGCUCAGAGUCGCGCAAGCACGCACCCGACGCCGACGCCACGCACUGCCUCACCAAACAUCUUUGAAAACGAACUCCGCAUGGAGAGCCCCUCGUCGGCGCAGGAUGGACUGCUGUCGCCGCAUUCGCUUGCCGUGCGAUCUAGGUCGAGCUCAAGGGAACGAGAACGAGAACGAGAACCGAAGGUAGUGUUCCAUCUGACGAACUCGCCAUGACCUUCCCGGUCGCAACUGGAUGACAGACAGAACGACUGACCAGACGAUCGACUCUCUCGAUGACCAUACGAUAGAAAGAGCCCGGCCUACCAGUGACUCAUAAGUGCAUGUACCAUACUAAUACUCAGCAACUUCUCUCUGUAGGACCUCUUGCACGCAUUUCGUCGCAUUUUGUACACUAAUUACAAUCAUACUUCGUUAACGCUUAGACAAGUGUACAUGCGUGCAAGAGCGUCGAUGCAAGAUAUGCGCCCGCUGUGAUUGUUUCCCGGUGAUGCCGAGUCGGGGGAUGCGCCCACACGCCCUCGCCGAGAGUACGUUUGUUUUUUACGUCGUGAUUACGGAAUUGCGGAGAGCGGCAUGAGGAAAGAAUGUCGCCUGUUCUCCCGUAAGGCUGUGGAGGCAGUCAGGGAUGGUAUUGCGCGAGUACUUGCCUCCCGUGUUCAGAUCGCCAAGCUGAAAUGCCAGCCGGGGCAAAUCCCUGAGUACUAGUACUCUGCUUUGGUCACAAAUGUUGAAACCUUAUUGACGCGUAGCCUGUAGAGCGCGGUUUCUCUCCGUUCCUAAUCCGGCGGUUGAGUCAACUUCUGCGCCAAGAUCUGCGU